AUGAAGAGGAGCAGAGCAGCAGACUUGGCAACCCUGGGGGCGGCAAUGGGCGGUACCAUGGAAUCCGGACUUUGAGUUCCAACGCCUGAAGCACGCAAAGCAGCAGCGCGAAUUGCACUCUCCGAAAGAAGGGGUCUUGGGGCUCUGCAGCGGUUCCUUUUUUACUAGGUUUAAUUCCUCCCAGCAAAAGCAUUGCAUCUUGGAACGGAACGGUCUUCGUACGGUACUUUGGAUGGUCACAGGUUAUACUGGUGCUGGUGCUGCUCCAUUUCUUUUUAGAAUCUGCCCCUUCCCACCCUUUUCCAUUCUUUCUCUUCGGAACACAUCACUCCUACGUUACCUUAUCUCUCCCGCCAAGUUUGGUGAACUUCUUUUCCUGUCGUUGCUCAAUUUCUCUUACCCUGUCAUAUCGUAUUAUCUCGUCUCGGCGCGCUGCCCAGUAGGAAUAAAGCCUCCGCCGCCCGAAGAGCGAAGUCGGACCAAUCAUCUUUUGCGCCACCACACAAGAGCGACACACCCUCCGAGCGUCUCUUUUGCUACGCUGUCGUCAUCGUACCCAGCUGUCGAAGCCUGCAGAAGCACCAAAGGAGCUCGAUCCAUCAAGGGCCCCCUUCGUCAAGCCCUCGCCUCCCUCUCCCUCCCUGCUUGUCCGUUACCUCAUUUCGAGGCAAUAGAGGAGUCGAUAGCGCGGCAUACUCCAUCGAAUCGACGAAAUCAAACCGAACCAUCGCCCGCUUGCUCGCAUACCUCCCCCAUCUAAAAAAGAAACCUCACACCCCGGGCCUUCUUUCCCUCAUCCUACUACUACGGGUACUAGUAGUCCAUCAUGUCGUGGGAACUUUCUCGCCGUCGCAUCGUCCGAGCUGUCAACAGCAAAUACAUUUACGGACGCCUCCCACUGCUUCACGCUGUCAUCGCACUGAUCGAAAUGGCGCUCGUCGCCAGGUUGGUAUCCAAGUUCAACCAAUACUACGAUGAACGACCACUCCUUACUAUGAUGGUGACCAACGCCAUUCUCGGAGGCAUCGCCGACACGACAGCUCAAACCGUUACGGCCCUCCGCCUCAAGGCUGUUCGCAAGCCUGGCGGCCUCGACAAGAACGACGGCGUCGCCAUCGAGAUCCACGACCUCGACCGCAAGAACCCCUUUUACGAGAAGGACCUCAUUCCGGACUCCAAGCAUCUGCCGCCGCCGUUCGACUUCGAGCGCCUCACUCGUUUCAUGGCCUACGGUUUCGGCAUGGCGCCCCUGCAAUUUCGCUGGUUCAAGUUCCUGUCGACGACCUUCCCGAUGACCAAGACGAGCGCUUUUGUCCCUGCCAUGAAGCGCGUUGCUUUUGACCAGCUCAUCUUCGCGCCCUUUGGUCUGUUGUGCUUUUUCUCCGUCAUGACUGUCGCCGAGGGCGGUGGCCGCCGUGCCGUGCUCAACAAGCUGCGCGACAUGUACGUCCCUACGCUGAAGGCCAACUUCAUCGUCUGGCCGGCCGUGCAGAUCAUCAACUUCCGCCUGAUGCCCGUUCAGUUCCAGCUGCCUUUCGUCUCCACGAUCGGUAUCGCCUGGACGGCCUACCUUUCCUUGACCAACGCCUCGGACGAGGUCGACAACCGUCCCGCCGCCCGCGACGACGACCACAUUCGCCUCAGCUGAAUGUAUCGCAUAACAAACCCGCUCGAUUUCCUUUGUGUCAUGGCCUGCGAGGCGGCAUGGGCUGGAUCACGUCGUUUUCCGCUGCAGGCAUUUCCAGAGGCGUUAGAUACUGGCUCGAUGGGGAGGGCCUCAUAGAGAGGUUCCCACGCAUGUGCGAUUCAGUCGUUCUUAACAAUACCGGGUGUUUUCGAUGGGUACAAGGCGUCUGGUGUCUCGGGUCUUACGGCUAUGGGCAGGCCUGUUAUUUUCACUUAUGCAAGACAGCAAUAAACUGCAGUGAUUUC